AUGGAGACUUUACCCAUGACGGACAGCCAGGUGGAAGAAUCAUCCUAUGCCUUGGCCAAAGAGGAAGCGGUCCCCAUCCACCUUUCCACCACCUUCGUAUAUGAUGCUUCGCCUGCAAAGAAGCCAGAACAGGCAGCAGCGGAUGGCAAUGGCAAACCUUCCGAACCUGAGGUCAUGCAUGAUCCUGUGGAGACCAAGCCUGUGAUUGCCAAGCCUGUGGAUUCUGUGGAAACCAAACCUCUGGAGACCAAGCCUGUGGAUCCUCUACAGACCAAGCCUGUGGAUCGUGUGGAGCCGGAGACCAAGCCUGUGGAUCCUCUAGAGACCAAGCCUGUGGAGGAGCUGGAGACCAAGCCUGUGGAUCGUGUGGAGCUGCUGGAGACCAAGCCUACCAAGCCUGUGGAUCCUCCAGAGACCAAGCCUGUGGAUCGUGUGGAGCCGGAGACCAAGCCUGUGGAUCGUGUGGAGCCGCCUCUGGAGACCAAGCCCGUUGAUUCCAUGCUUCAUGAACCUGAGGCCACUCAACGGAAUUCACCAGAAUCGGAUGGGCAAGAUGUUCCGCCUGUCAGACGAGCAGCCCAAGAUGCUUGGAAAGAGGUAGUUCAUUCCAAAGCUCCACCAGAGGAGAAAGAGGAGCAUGCGCAAGGUCGAGGUCGUGGCCGUGGGAGGGGACGUGCUAUGAAGCGUCCGGCAGCCAAAGCUGAGGUCAAAGCUCUGCCAGCAGAGGGCGAGGAUGCUGAUGAAGUGGAUAGCUCAUGCCGCAACCUCGGAGAGGCUUUUGAGCAGGUGGCCGAUGAAGAGGCUCCAGGAGAAUCCAAGCCUGAAGGUGGCAAGCCAGCUCGAAAGCGCAAGCCGCAGGCUGCAAAAGCGGAGGUGAAGGACAAGAAGGCCAAGAACUCUGUCAAGGACGACAAGGAAAAGAAUGCGGCGGAGAAGAAUGGCAGUGAGGUAAAUGAUGAGAUGGCCGCCCUUCUGAAGAACCGUGCCACCUUUGCUGGCAGGCGCCCCCCUCAGAAGGAAGAGGCUAGGGAACGCUUCAUUGCCAUGGUCUCCACUUACAUGACCAAGAUCGAACCGCACAUCACCAACACUACUUCCGUGCAGGCCAAUGGCUCUGCUGAUGACUAUCGCAAAGCUGUGGAGCGUUAUGUGGACAAGUUCUUGGAAAGCCAUGAAGUUGAUGGUCAUCCUUGCGAUGCAGGGGAGGUUCGGCCAGUGUUUGAUGAUGCUGGCGACCGUGUGCUCAACCUGGGUGGCGGUAAACAGAGGUACAUCGAAGAGAAGUGUCUUAACGCCGUCUUUCGAAUCAGCCUAUGGAUGCAGAACUAUGGAGGUGGAUCUCCAUACGCCUCUGACAACCCUCUACGGCCAAUACCCGUGGAGCUCCUGGGAAGAGUUCGUGAACGUUCGGUGGACAUGGAUGCAGCAACACUUGAUGACGACAUGCGAAAAGAACUGGAAGUUCUAGAGAGUUGGCUUGCACAGAACGAGCCUGACCGGCCAGUCGCCGCGCCUCUUCGCUCUGACCAUCUGUCGGUGGCCUCCAGAGGUGACUCAGGGGCAGGUUGUCAGCAAACCUCGAUCGACCUUGACCAGGACUCUGAUGUGGAGAUUGAAGAUGUAGGGAUUCCCAUGGGGAAAGAGGUUCCCUCUUCUCCAUACUAUCGGGAUCCCAUGCCGCACAUUGAGGAUUUGCAAAAGCCGGAUGCAUGCUUCGAUGGGGACAAGGUGCAUGUGGCCCCGGUCACUCCUGUUGAGAUUCCAAACCCUGGUGCUGAUGGUCUAGACGGUGGAUCCCCAAGGUCGGGCGCUUAUGUUGGAAAGGCGGCAGGAUCGACUCAGGCCUUGAUGGAUAUCCCUUCCCUCGAUGAUGAACUUGCUCCGAAGCCACACCUCGGAGUGCAUGACCUAUCUCCAGGGGCAAUCCGUCAACGUGCCAACCGCAUUUUCACUCCCAGGGCUGAUGGCAGCCUGAAGGUCUCCAAGGUAAUUUUUGACGAAUGGAGGGGGAAGGGCAAGGAGAGGAAGUUGCUUGAACAAAUAUUUCGCCAAUGUGGAUACUGCCCUGAGACCUUUGUUACUGAAGUCGAAGUUCUUCGGGAAGAGAUGCGGGAGACAGAGCUGAUCGUUGAAGGGCAGUUUGCCACAGAGGCUGACAUGGUUGAAUGGGGUUUCAGCGAGCAGCGAAUUGAAGCAGUGAAAGCCCACUGCCGCUCCAACCCCACCAAACUGCUGAGGCAAGAUCCGUAUGAGAAGACCCUGCUCUACUAUGUAGAACGCUGUGUGAAGGGGACUGAAAAGCGAACCUCUAGACUUCACACCAAAAAGCGGGUGCGGUUUGAGGAGGGUGGAAUUGAGGGGAUGGAUGAUGGGUUUGAUCUUCCUGAUAGUGGAGGUGUUGAUGACCAGAAGCUCCUGGACGAGGCAGACAAAACCGAUGCAGCGUCUAAGAAAAGGAAGCUACUUGGGGUUCCAGAACUUGACCCUGAUGCGCUUCCGAGUGCACAGGUGACCUCAUACUUGACUGCGUUGGCCAAGCGUAUGAAAAAAAUGGAAGAGCUGAAUGACAAGUUCGCUGUUCAAACCCUGACUGAUUUGCAGUCACGGCUGAAGGCUGCCAUCGUUGAUUCUGCUCGGGAUUUGGAAGCGAUUCACGCCGACCUGUCGAAGGAGUACUCUCAAGGGGUCAUCAAAGGAUACCCGAAGGAGGUGGAGAUGAAGCUUCGAGCGACGAUUGACAAGGCUUCCAAUGCGACCAGCCCUCAGUGGGCUUUAAGUCCUGGUUCUGAGCAAAGAGAACCAGGAGAUGUCGCAUCGAACUACGCGGAAGUCUUGGCAGAUGGGGUCCCUGCAGCAUCUUUACGCCAGUAUGGCGUCGAAGCCAGGGCUGAGGUUGGUGAGGGUCGAAAAGCCCUUGCGCCAACCAACGCGUGCAGGGACGCGCAUGCUUUCAUCAAAAGAUGGGGGCUAAAAUGGAAAGUUGAAGCCUCUCACUUCAAGCAUUGCGAAUCUGGAGAGGUCUUUGAAUUCCCAUACUUGUCCCCGUUGAGCUUUACCAAAUUUCUCUUACAGAAUUGUCCGGAGUUGGUCACAGGUGGUGUUGUGGAUGCGAACCAUGCAAGACAGAACUUGGAACAGUUUUGGGCAGCCUUCAAGGCCAUUGAGCCCCAACAUGUCUUUUUCCAACAGGACGAUCCUCAGCGGAAGCCUUCAAACACCCUGGCCUUUUGUCUGCAUGGGGAUGAGGGACGCGGUCCCAAAAAGGGAAACACCUGUGUGAUUUCCAUGGAGACUAUGCUGGGCCUACCAGAUCCUUCUUCAGAGUGGGAUGCAAACCAUUGCCCUGACUGCCAUCCGCUUGACAAAGAUACAAGACGGUUCAACAUCGGAGCCAUGCAAAACAACGAGCAGGGAGCCCUGCCUUUGUGUGCGAAGCAGCUUGUCAACCUCAGGCAGCAUAGUUAUUUGACUAAGUUCGUGCUGUGCGUUUUGCCCAACAAGUAUUACAAGAAAACUGGAGUUUUGGAUGCUUUCAUGGAACAAUUGUGCUCGGAGUUCCGUACAUUGUUCACUCAGGGGGUGGUCGUUGGAACAACCACCUGGUUUGGCUGUGUCUUGGGGUUGAAAGGCGAUCUGCGUUGGUACGAGAAGAUUGCUCGAUUGGACCGAUGUUUCAACAAACAGCUCGGACACUUGAUGUGCAUGUGUCAUGAAUGUGCUGCGGGGUCAGCUCAGACACCAUGGGAGGACGGAUCUCAUGAGCCUGUUUGGGGUCACACCUUGUACCUAAACAGACCAUGGAAGGAGUCCAAUGUGCCACCCAUAGUUGACAUCCCUUUCCGGGACGACGCCCCGGAAGCUAUGCUACGCCGUGACCUUUUCCACAACACCCGGGUGGGCAUCCUGCGCGACCUGGUAGGGAGCGGUGUAAUGUUGAUUCUGUUGUUUGGCUAUUUUCAUGGAAGGAGGGGUGAGGUGAGCAACAACCGGGAGGCGCUCCUAGAGCGGGCCCACUCUCACUUUCAGUUAUACUGCCAGUCCACUCACCAUUACCCAGCUCUACACAGCUUCACAAGCAUGUUCUUCAACGCAGUUCGCAGCUGGCACUACAGUUGGGUGAACUCCAAAGGAUCGGACACUUGCCUUUUGAUAGGUUGGCUCAAGGUACUUGCAGUCAGCUGUUUGAACGACAUCCGUGAUGAGCUUCACCGACCAGCUUUGGAAACCAUCGUGAAGGCGACAACAUGUGUGCAAGGUUGGGAGAACAUACUGUAUAACCAUGGUUUAUGGUUAACCAAACCGUGCGCAGCAGUUCUUUACCGGCACUUCCAUGACUUCGUCCAGGCAUACAACAAGUUGGCCCAUCUUUGCUUGUAUACCCACAGAGUCCCAGGAUUUGCCAUGAAGGCCAAACUGCACAUGCUCAUGCACACCAAAUGGGAGCUGUAUAGUCAACUCAAAAAACCCCAUGUGGUUUGGGUCUUGAACCCGAGCGCCUGGAAUUGCGACAUGUGCGAAGACGUUGUUGGCCGCGUUUCCCGUCUUUCUCGGCGUGUCUCGCCGCAAAUCCCUGUACGGCGUACUUUAGACCUUUACCUAAUUAAAUGCAAGUCAGUGUUUGGCAGAUACAAGUCCAAGAAGCCAGUCUCCAAAAGGAGAUUGAAGAAGACUACAGCCAAGAAGUGA